AUGACCACCACUGUUAGCACACUGUUAAGUCCUCAUGGUCCCUGCCCCAAUCUAGUAAACACAGAUGCACUGUUAGUUGCUUACAGAAAUAUUGUCAAAGAGAUUAAUAUCACAUCAAAAAAAACUAACAUUAUUGCUCAAGGUUUCCAGACAGCGUUUGAUAUCUCUUCAGCAGCCAAUAAGAAAACUGACAUCACAGAUGUAAGCUCCCAUAGAGUACCAAUGUUGCAAUGGAAUGAUGAUCCAAAUGAAUGGGUCACGACGAAAGACACUGGAAGUGGGACAGCUGGACCAAGAGAUGGAAAGGCCUAUACUGUUGACCUCCACGAGCCCAAGGGUGUUACAUUUGACUUUAACUCUGCCACCAUUUGCUACACUGGAGGAAGGAACCAUGGAUGCAUCAAAUUGUAUUCAGGACUUGCAUUUGCAACAGAAUUUAUGGCAGCAAUUCGAAAUAUAUAUGAUGCCACUAGAUUCUUACCACAGAAGGAAAAAACAAGAGCAGAAAAACAUCCAACUUUCAGUUCACCAUUUAUACCAGGAACCCACAAGCUGAUUAACAGUCUUUCAUUUCUGCAAAGGAUCAUGGCUAGAAGAAAAGCUUACCUGCACAAGAAUGGAUUGGAUGGUACAGAUGGAUCUAUCUACUCCAAGACAAAAGGUCUCGCACAGAUGGUAGCCUCAUUAAAGGGCUACCUACGUACAAUGGAUGACCUUGAAAUGGGUACUAGUGUCAAGUUAUAUACUAUUGUGAAUGAGUCAAGGAAAGAACACAGCUUUGCCAAACACCAACAAAGUGGUCAGUCUUGCCAUCCCACUAUGCAGAAGUACAGCAAAACAAAAAGCGGUGACAAAGAAGUAAUAAAAAAACUUAGAGGCGUUCUCAGUCAUACCACACUAACCAAUUCCAGGCAUAGCAGGCAAGAUACAAGUCUAAUUUGUCAUCCGUCACCGUAA